UUGAGGGCAGCAUAGCGGUCUCUUCAGCCAUAUCUACAAAGAUGGGUAUUGACAUAGACCACAAGAAGGAGCGCAAGGUUCAUAGGACCGAGCCUAAGAGUCAGGAUAUCUAUUUACGGCUCCUGGUCAAACUCUACCGUUUCCUUGCUCGUCGUACCAAUGGCAAAUUCAAUAAGAUCGUAUUGAAGCGUCUGUUUAUGAGCAGGGCUAAUAGGCAACCUAUGUCUGUUGCUCGAUUGGCCCGCAAGAUGAAGCUAGCCAACAGAAAAGAUAAAACAGCAGUGAUCGUAGGCACAGUGACAGACGAUCUUCGAAUUUUUUCACUCCCCAAGAUGAAGGUAUGUGCUCUGCAUGUAACAGGUGGAGCCAGAAAAAGGAUACUGAAUGCUGGUGGUGAGAUAAUGACGUUCGAUCAGUUGGCACUUCAGGCUCCAAAGGGGCAGAAUACUGUCCUCCUUCAAGGUAAUGCACAACUGUGAAGAACAAUGCCAGUG